CCCUCUUCCUCUCGCCAUCGAGUCCGACACGUCCACAUCGCCAUUAGAGCAGCUCGAGGAAGGAGGAGGAGGAGGUUGAUUCGAUGGGGAUGGAGGCGGAGUGCGAUAGGAUAAAGGGGCCAUGGAGCCCUGAGGAGGACGAGGCGCUGCGGCGGCUGGUGGAGCGGCACGGGGCGAGGAACUGGACGGCGAUCGGGAGGGGGAUCCCGGGGAGGUCGGGGAAGUCGUGCAGGCUGCGGUGGUGCAACCAGCUGUCGCCGCAGGUGGAGCGCCGCCCGUUCACGGCGGAGGAGGACGCCGCGAUACUCCGGGCGCACGCCCGCCUCGGCAACCGCUGGGCCGCCAUCGCGCGCCUCCUCCCCGGCCGCACCGACAACGCCGUCAAGAACCACUGGAACUCCUCCCUCAAGCGCAAGCUCGCCACCGCCACGGACGGCGGCGAGAUCGACCGGCCGUGUAAGCGCGUGAGCCCCGGGCCGGGGAGCCCGACGGGAUCGGAGCGCAGCGAGCUCAGCCACGGCGGCUGCGGAAGCGGAAGCGGCGGCGGGCAGGUGUUCCGCCCCGUGCCGCGCCCCGGCGGCUUCGACGCCAUCAGCGCGGCGGACGUCGUGCGGCCGCCGCGGCGGCGGGACGACAACGACGACGACGGCGACGACGACCCGCUCACCUCGCUGUCCCUCUCCCUCUCCCUCCCGGGGUUCCACCACGACAGCGCGCGGAGCCACUUCCAGGAGCUCCCCUCCCCCUCCCGCUCCCCUUCGCCGCCGCCGUCGCCGCCGGCAGCAUCUCCAUCCGCAUACCCGUUCAACGCCGAUCUCGUCUCCGCGAUGCAGGAGAUGAUCCGCACGGAAGUCCGCAACUACAUGGCCGGCGUCGGGCUCCGCGCCGGCUGCGGCCCGGGCGCCGUGGCCGAGUCCUUCAUGCCGCAGCUCGUCGACGGCGUCAUGCGCGCCGCCGCCGAGAGGGUCGGCGUCGUGACCCGCCAAUAAAACCCCCCAAAAAUAAAAAAAAAAUCAACCAUCCCGGUUCAAAUUCACCACAAAUGCACGGUGAAAAACCACCUGUUAAUUAUGAGAUCUGUGUAGUAUUAUUAGCACUAGAAUUUUCCUGGUUCAUCUUUGUAUUUUACUUUGAGUAAAAUUCUUCUGCUGCUCUGAAACAGAGCAGCGGUGAAGGGGAGGUAAAAAAAAAAUCAGAAGCGAAAUGCUAGUGCAUUGCUACUACCAGCACAGCAGCAGCAUCACGGACAGGUUGGCCGUUUUCUGUACAGGAACGAGGUGAUGGUGAGAUGUAGCGACAGGUUUCUCCUUCCCUUUGAACCGUCCGUGCAACGAAGAGUCGAAGACUACUUGGGCAUCGAUCAGAUGUGCGAGUUGAAAGUGAUAGUAGUAGCAGCAUGCUGUACUAGCAGUACGCAUAUUGGACAUUUCAGAGCAUCUAACUUUUAAAUGUGGCAAUUAAGGAUUUACCAACCACAAUCUAUAACAUAUGGGUAAUCUUUAAUUGCCACUUUAAAUAGUUAAAUAUUUUUAUUUUGGAGCUAUAUGGCCGUACUCGAGCUGUAAAUAACCGAUGAUCUUUUCUUUUUGGAAAAAAAAAAGCCUUUGUUUCGAAUGUAUAGGAAUUUUCUGAGAAUCUGAAAGUACUUAUAUUCCUCAGAA